GAUGGCUGUAAGCUAACAUAUUUUUGUGUACGUGGGUGAUCUGCCAGCAGUGCGUCGUCCGCAAAAUGUCGUCCGCUCGGGAACGGGGCAAUGAUUACUUCCGGCGUGGGGAACAUGCAGCAGCGCUGGAGGCCUACACGCAGGGGCUCACUGGGCCACCUCGAAUAGACGCGAAAGAGCGGGCCUUGCUGCUCUGCAACCGUGCGGCGUGCAGCCUUGCCCUGGGCCAGACGGCUGGUGCGGCUGCCGACUGCCGCGCCUGCCUGGAAAUCGAGCCCGCCAACUUCAAGGCGCACUUCAGGCUUGCCAAGUCGCUGCCGCCUGGGGACGAGGCCGCUGCGCCUGCAAUCGCGGCGGCGGUGGCUCUGGCCGGCCCCGAGAACCGCACCCCCAUGCUUGACACCUACACCGCAAUCCGCACAGCCACCGAGGUGUUGCGCGAGCAGCAGCGGCGUCAGCAACAGCAGCAGGACGGCACGGCGCCAGCGGCAGGCGGCGACGCUGGUGCGGCUGGUGCUGCCACAGCCGGGGUUGUGCUGCUGGCGCUGCCGACUGCGGUCGAGCAGAUUGCUGUUGCGGGCACCUGGGGCGAGGUGGAGGCGGCGGUUGCGUUGGGCAAGCAGCUGGUGGUGCUGCGGCCCGGCCGCUACAGGACCAGCAUCGCGGCGCCCGGGGGGGCUGGUGGCGGCAUGAUGCCCGGGCUGUUUGGCAUGAUGGGCCUCAUGCGGGGGCGGGGCGGCGGCGGAGGCAGCAGCAAAGGCGCCGGCUACACGCUCCUGGGCGUGGGGGCUGUGGAGCUGUACUCGCCGCCGGGGGCCGGGCACGCGCUGUGGGUGACGGAGGAUCACCCGCCCGUGACGCUGGUGGGGAUGCGGCUGGUGGGCGGUGGCCGCGCCGCGGUGUGCCUGUCGGCGCCGGAAGCCGCGGUGCAGGCCGCGGCGGCGUCGGAGGUUGAGCCGGAGCCGCAGCUGACCAUGUCAUGGUGCCGUGUGGUGGACUACGACGAGGUGGGCGUGCUGGUGGUGGGGCCGGUCGCGGCGCGGCUGGACCGCUGCGUGUUCGCGCGCAACGCCAAGCAGGCGGUGGAGGUGCGCGAGGGCGGCUCGCUGGCCGGCCACCGCCUCGCCAUCGCCGACUGCCGGCAGGGCGUGUCGGCGUACGGCGGCGCGCGGCGGCUGGUGCUCACCGACAGCCUCAUCCUGCGCGCGCUGAGCGAGGGCCUCCUGCUGGCAGGCGGCCACUCCAACGCGGCCACUGCAGCGCAGCUGGAGAUGCUGGGGGGUGACAAGCCGCCGCCGUGGGCCACGGGUUUGGGCGCUGACAUCUUCAGGACGGCAGAUGAGCAGGCCAAGGAGCUCGGCUCGCGGCUGAGUGCGCGCGUGGAGGGCUGCGUGGUGGCGGGCUGCGGCCAGUUCGGCGUGUCCGCGGACAGCGGCACGCAGCUGCUGCUGCGGCGCUGCCGGCUGCUGGGCAACGACCCCAUCCAGCUGUUCAUCAAGGGGUGCUCGGACGUCACGGUGCUGUGCUGCCAGCUGAGCUACUCGGGCGCCAUGUCGCGGUGCGAGUGGUACUCGCGCACGGGCCUGCCGUCCUCGUCGCCGAUGCGGCGGCAGUGUGGCGUGCGCGUGGGCGUCAACUACGGCGCCUGGGUGCGGCUGGAGGGCUGCGCCUUCGCGGGCCCCGACCCAGCGGACCUGGCCAUCUUUGAGGAGAUGCACGGCCGCGGCGCCCAGAUCGCCGGGACCAACACGGGCCCCGGCGCAGCGCGUCUGGGCAUGUGGUCGCGGCCGGUCAGCGCCGCGCGCAACAGCUUCCACGCAGCCUCGCUGGGCGCUGCGGCAGCCAAGGCCGCAAGCUCCAAGAGUCGGUUCCCAGGGGAUGCGGAAGUUGAGGGCUCAGCAGUGAAAGAGGAGGAGGGGGAUGAGGACGAGGGCGGGCGGGCAGGCGAGGGCUUCGGCGAGGAAGAGCGGCUGCCGAGCCUGAAGGCGCUGGCGGCGCGGCUGCCGGCGUGGGCCCUGGAUUCCGCUGCGAGUGGCAUUGGCGGCAGUGGCGUGCCCACAGCCUCAGGGGCAGCGCUGCGGGCCUUCCCGCCGCCGGCCAUGCUGCAGCGCACCGGCUUCACCUUCCCGCAGUCCGCCUGGUCGCCCACCGCCCACCAGUUCUACGCCAUCGGCAACACCUUUGGCUACGACGUCACCGGCGGCCUGCUGCAGCCGCCUCCAGCGCCUCCUUCAGUGGUGCCUGCCGGCGAUGACGUCAACACGGCGGGUGGCGGCGGCGGCGGCGGCGAUGUGCACGUGUUGUUGGGCGGUUGCGGCGACAUCCGCAACCUGCUGGCGACUGCGCACGCAGUGCUGGGCAGUAGCAGUGGCAGCAGUGUGAGGCGGCUGACCAUGACGCUCAAUGACGGCAACCUGGCCAUGCUGGCGCGCAACGUCGUGCUGUUGCACAUGGCGGCGGAGCAGCGGGCGGCGCCGGCGGCGGUGCUGGCGGCGUGGGCCAACCACGGCCUCAGCGCGGCACACGCGCACCUGGUGCGCUGCAGCCUGCGCGCGCUGGCGGACGAGCCCUGGCCCCACUGGCUGUCCGCCGCGGAGGAGCUGGUCGAGCCCAAUGGCAAGGGCGACGGCAGUAGCAGCGACGCCGGGGCUGGCGCCGACGGCAGCAGCAGCAGCACGGCGCGUGAGCUCCGGCGGGCGUUUGCGGCAUGGGCGGACUGCACGCUGUCCCUGGAGGCGCUGAUGCGCAUGCGGGCGGACCGGCGCGGCCUGGACGGUGGCGGCAGCGGCCAGGCGUCGGAGGCGGCGGUGGAGUUGUCGCUGGCGGCUGUAGCAGCACAGCUGGGCGCGGCAGUCGCAGCCCGGCUCAAGCCCGAGGUGGCGGAGUACGUGCGGGCGGGGAGCCUGCGCAUGCCGGCAGGCGACGUCCUCGGCGGCGGCGGGAGGGCGGGUGCGGGUGGGGUUGGUGCGGGGGGCGGGCGCGGUGCGGUGGAGGUGACGGAGGCUAACCCCACGCUGCUGCUGGCGCCAGAGCUGCAGUACACAGUGUACUUCUCCUCCUCCAUCCUGCGCGCCGUGGCCCUCAAACCCGGCAGCGCCUCCGCCGCCGCCGCCGGCUCCGCCGCCACCGGCCGCCUUGCGCCGCUGCUGCUGGAGGCCCUGGCGCCGCAGCUGCAGGCGGUGGUGGAGGGCCUGAGCGGCGGCCGGCUGCGGGUGCGGCUGCAGCGAGGAGACAUACUGGCAGCCCUGCUGUCCGCACCAACACCCGGCCCCGGGGCCCACGGCGGCAGUGGCGGCGGCUAUUUCGACUUCAUUGACUGCAGCAAUGUGGCAGACUAUGUGUCCCUGCCCGCACUGCUAGCCGCCGCGGCGCCACUGCUCAAGCCGCCUGCUGCUACUGCUCAACAGCAGCAGCAGCAGCAGCAGCACCCCGGCAGUCCGGCGCUGCUGGGGAACUCCCGGUUGCGCUGCGAGAGCAUUGUUGUGUACGGGGCCGAGUGUGUGCAGCAGAAGUUGCAGCGGGCGCUGGGCAAGGCCGCCGGCGGCAGUGGCAGCAGCAGCAAGGCGCCGACGCCGGCGGCGUUCGUGGCUGGUCAGCUGGGCGGCAUGUCUCUGGCGGCGUUCUGUGAGGCCAGCGGCAUGCGGUUGUGCGGCGGGCAGCAGCUGGAGGGGCGGCCGGACACACCCGCUCUCAGGCUGGAGUGGGCGGCGGAGGCGGCGGCAACGGCAGUAGCAGCAGAGCCUGUGCCUGAGGCCGGCAGUAGCAGCAGCAGUAGCAGCUGGCUGACGGCGCCACGGCUGCUGCUGGAGCUACUGCCGGUGUGCCGGCAGCUGCUGGUCGCGCCUACCAGCGGCGGCGGCGUGCCGGUUGCGCCGUCACCGCUGGCGCUGGUGCAGCUGGCAGCGCUGGCGGCGCCGCCGGCCGCGCUGGAGCCUUUGGUCCGGGCGCUGGUGCGCUGCGACGCCAGCGGCGUGGCGGGGCUGUUCAAGUGGGAGCUACAGCUACACGCCGCAUUGCAGGCCGCUGCUGCUGCCGCUGCGGCGGCAGCCAGCACCGGGGCUGCGGAGACGGAGGCUGUAGCAGGCACGGCGCAGCAGGGCCAGGCGCAGCGGCGUUCGGCGGCAUCGGCUGUGCGGUGGCUGGAGUACGCGGCGGACCCGGGGUGGGACCUGGCCGGCCGCGACGACGACCCGCUGCUGCUGGCCUUCAGCCGCAAGCCCCUGCCGCGUGGUGUGUCGCUGUCGCUGCAGCAGGCGCUGGGGCUGCAGGCCGACACGGCAAUAGCAGCCGGGGGCGCUGGUGGCGGAGGCGGCAGAGGUCCGGCUGUAGCAGCGGCUGCUGCGGCGGUGGUGAAGCAGCUGGUGGCGGGUUUCUCCUGGGAUGAGGCGCAGGGGGUGGCGCACGUGGUGCUGCCGGCGGCCAUCACGGAGCAGUGCGGCAGCUGGUUCGUAACGCUGUGCUCGCUGGGCAGCAGUAGCAAGGGCGCCGGGCCCGCUGGCAAGGCCGCCGCCGGCAGUAGCAGCGACUCGGCGCUGACUGCGGUGGGGGCUUCCAAGAUGGUGCUGGCGCUGAAGGAGGUGGAGGGCGCGGCGGCGCCUAAGGCCCCUGUGGUCUGGCGACGCCGCCGCUGGGCCGCCGCCGCUGACGUCGGCAGCGGUGAAAGUGGGACAGCGGGCGAGGACGUGGCCCUGCUAGAGCGCGCAACUGCAGCUGCUGCUUCUGCUAAUGGUGGUGGCGGUGGCGGUGGUGUCCCCGUCUCUGGUGGAGCUCCGCAGUGGCAGGCGGCCAUGCGCCUGUGCACGCGGUCUGUCGGUGCCCCCAGCAACACAGGUGGCGGCGGCAGUGGCAGUAGCAGCGGCAGUGCCUGGCGGCGGCAGCAGUGUGUGGCCGUGGACCUUCUGGCGCCUUCUGCGCCGCUGCCGGCCGCUGACCGGCUGUGUGUGGACAUGGCAGUGGAGGGCUGUGAGCUGGUGGUGAGGCUGAAGCCACUGGCGCCCGCGGCGGGCGGCGCGUCAGGCAAGGCAGCGGGCAAGGGCGGCAAGGCCAAGGGCAAGGCGGCCGCAGGCGGUGCUGGGGGCGCGGCGGCAAGCGGGGAGGAGGCGGCAGACAGCGCGGGUGGAAGCGGCAGUAGCAUUGAUGAAUUUCGGCUACAGCUGCCGGCGCUGGGGCCGGGUCGGGCCUACAGCGGCCGGGUUGAGGAGGUGCGGCUGAGCCGGCGGCUGGGGCUGCUGUGCGCGCUGGUGCCAGUGGAGUAGCUAAAGAGGCCGUGGUCUGUAAGGUUGAGGCGGUAGGUGCGGUGAUGUGGCUGAAGCGAUACUUUGGGCUGUGUGCGGCGUUUGAGUAAGACUUCGCGUGCCGAGAGGACGUUGGGCGUGAGGCGGCUGUGGGAUGUAGCGGGUCGUAAUGAUCGUGUAUGGAAUUGGAUGCCAAGAGGCCGGUGCAUCGCACUGGCACGGCCGUGCUGUACGAGAUAUAUAUUACCGUAUGGUACACAUCACGCAGCAGAGUCACUGAAAGGACUCGUGGUCUGCUGUUUGUCACCCUAUCCGGCUAUCCAAGCCAGUCGCGGCGCAGCAGCAGGCCAGCACAGACCGCCGGCGACACACAGCCACACUCAAGCCGCCAUACAGGUAUACACAGCUGGGCCUCCCGGGAACUUCCAGCCUGCCAGCAAGUCAGCGAUGUCUCGGUACGAGAAACUUGGCGUUCUACCAGCAGCGCGCUCAUCCAUUGAGGUCACAAAUUGAAUGUUGGAGUCUGGGAAUACUCUGUA